CUUGGAACUGGAAGCCAUCCUAAUGAUCUAACAACGUUCUUAAUUCCAAGUUCUCCAGAGGCGCAGCAGCUAGGGAUUUGGAUUUUAGCAGAGGAACAAAGGCCGAAGAAAGACAGAAGGGGAAGAUGUUCAGGGUUGCAUCGAAGAGGCUUUCCUCCAUCUCUUCAUCUCCAUGGAGAGCCGACCAGGCUAUGUCGGCUUUCUUUUCUCGAAACCCUAUUAAAUCCGGCGGUCCUUCCUCCUCGGAUCACAAGAGAUCCUCUCCCGAGGCUGGGCAUUUUUCUCCCAGGCCCGACUUCCUUGUUCCCUUCAAAGGUUUUUCUACUGACACACUGAUCCAUCCAACAGAAAAUAGCAUUAUCCCUGAUGUUCCUCCUACUGUCGCAGCUGUUAAGAAUCCCACCUCUAAGAUUGUUUAUGAUGAGCACAACCAUGAACGAUUUCCUCCAGGGGACCCCAGCAAGAGGGCAUUUGCUUACUUUGUCCUGACUGGCGGUCGGUUUGUGUACGCCUCUCUAAUUCGUCUCCUUGUUCUCAAGUUUGUGCUCAGCAUGUCAGCUAGUAAGGAUGUUCUUGCUCUGGCCUCCGUGGAGGUUGAUCUAUCUGGCAUUGAGGCUGGUUCUACAGUGACUGUUAAGUGGCGUGGAAAGCCAGUAUUCAUCCGUCGCCGAACAGAUGAUGAUAUUAAGCUGGCAAACAGUGUUGACAUCGGAUCUCUUCGUGACCCCCAGCAGGAUUCAGAGAGAGUGAAGAACCCAGAGUGGCUUAUUGUGAUUGGUGUUUGCACACAUUUGGGUUGCAUCCCCCUGCCAAAUGCCGGCGACUUCGGUGGAUGGUUCUGUCCAUGCCAUGGUUCACAUUAUGAUGUUUCUGGCAGAAUUAGGAAGGGGCCAGCACCUUACAAUCUGGAGGUACCAACUUAUACUUUCUUGGAUGAGAACAAAUUGAUGAUUGGUUGAAGCUCUUGAGGCUGUUUUGUGCGGGGAUAAGGUUAUUCAGGCACAACUUUUGUCCAUUUAUUCGUUAUCAUCGACAUUUACCUUGGGCAUCUCUUGUCGAGUCCUCCAUAUUUGGGUUUGUUUAGAUUUGUUAAUGUAAGUCCAAAAAUGUAAACUUUACUGUUUGGCGAGACCAAUUUGAAUAAUCGCCUGGCUUUUGCUAGCAUAAUGUUCAAAUCUUAAACACUUCAGGAAUACGGCAUGUGGUAUGAUGUAUUCCAUCUUGGAAUUUGCCUAGCACAUAAGCUUUUGUACAA